AUGUUGCCAUUUCCCUCUUAUGCUACACCUCUCACGUCUCGUUACGGUGCAAGACUAGAGUCAAGCUCAACAGGGUUUUCUUUUCCCGCUAAUUUUUACAAGCCAGUCGUUCCCUUGGCAGUGGUUUCGCUAGAUAGUGGGUAGGAACAGUGGGAACCUCGUUAAUCCAUUAAUGCGUGUCACUGAUUAUAUGACGAGACAAAUAUUUAAAUAAUUGGCUAUUUAAAAUAUUUAUUCAUGAAUAAAUACAUGUGCCCCGUUGUUCCGAGGUUGUAGUACAGGCUUUAUACAUACAUUAAAAAUAUAUACAGUUGCACAUGAGUUCUUACAAGGCUUGGCAUGAUACAGUAUAAUAAAUAAAUAAUACAGGUUUACAUAGAUAAAAAAUAAUAAAUCAGGGACGUGGUCACAUACAGGUACUAAAAUAAGACGCCGCCAACCCAGGCACAGAAACACAGUAAAAAAACACAUAUCUGGUUACAUAUAUUGGUAGCCUGCAACACCAUAAAUAUAUAUACUAUUUUAGUAAACGUGACAUCUCGGUGGACUGCACAACAAGUAAAUAUAUAAGUAUCAUAUAAAAUAGUAAAUAGAACAGUCACAUAAAUUGUAAUUAAAUGAUAUUAGAAUUAGAAUCGGAGUGAACGAGAGUCUUAUUGAGGGCGUACCGCCCACAUUAAAUAGGAGCACCCGUAGGCGACACAAACACACACACACACCCUCCUACCCUGUGCGGUCCCUCCACCACCCCUGUUCCAGGCAACCUCAAACCCUUGAGGAGUGGGGGGGAGAGCAAUCUCCAGAUGAGCGAAAUACGCCUUCUUGGCAGCCGGGUUUUUCAUCACCAGCGACAUCACUUUGGCACUGCUGGCCUGAACGACUGGGGCCACUUUAGG